AUGUUCUCCCGCAUCAAUUUACGUGAAUGGGGUGGCCAUGUCUGUGAGACACGGCUUGAUGAGCAUGAGCAAAUUCAAUCAAUGAUUCCUGAAUAUGAUGACCAGAACCCAAUCACACCAACUGCGGGACUGCUGCCACUCAAAUUCGAACCUCUCCCACUCGGCUCAAUUAAACCGCGAGGCUGGCUCCUCGAACAGGUAACUUCCAUGGCUAGCGGUCUCGCCGGCCACGAAUUUGAUUUCUACCAAGUUGUCCGCUACAGUCCCUGGCUCGGCGGCGAGCGAGAAUACAGCGAUCUCAACGAGGCGUUGCCUUACUGGUUUAACGGUGCCGUGCCGCUGGCAUACCAAACGGACGAUGAGGUCCUGUUGGAUAAGCUCAAGCGCAUUGCGGGGUUCAUACUUGAUCGCCAGCAGCAGGACGGGUGGCUGGGUCCCGAGAAGGAUAUGAGAGUGCGUAAUUUUUGGGCGCGGACGCCGUUACUCAUGGGAUUGGCGCAGAUGGCAGAGGCGGAGGCGGGGACAGAGAUCGCGGAGCGCAUCAUCGUUGCGAUGCAUCGGUUUCUGGGAGUGAUGCACGCGAUGCUUUCUGAUAAUUUACAGGGGUUGGUUGCGCACCCGGGUGAUCAGUUUAAUGAGCAGUGGGGCCGGUCUCGCGCGGCGGAUAUGAUUAUGGUGCUGCAGUGGAUCUAUGAGAGGGACCCUCGAGGUAACGAAGGCCUACUGUUCGAAUGCAUGGAGUUCUUCAGACAGGGCGGGCACGAUUGGUCCUGGUGGUACACGGAAGACGUAUAUCCCAAGGUAGACCUGGAUACGCUUCCGGUUAACUUUACAGCCAAGUUUUAUCACUUUGAGCACGGCGUGAACGUCGGCCAGGGGCUCAAAUCUAGUGCUGUCAUUCGAAGAUUUACCCAUGAUGAUGGUCUACUCGAUGCCACACGCAGAGGCGUUGACUGGACAUUUUUAUACCAUGGAACCCCAUCUGGAGGCGUCAUUGCCGACGAGCGGUUGUCAGGUCUAAGUCCAGCCCGCGGGGUUGAGCUUUGCUCCGUCGUCGAGACGAUGUACUCCCUCAGCUAUCUAUACCAGGCGACGGCGGAAGGUGACUAUGCUGAUCGGUGUGAACUGGCCGCGUUCAACGCCCUUCCCGUGAUGGUCACCACAGAUUGGUGGGCACAUCAGUACAUCGCCCAGACCAACCAGCCGAUAUCCCAUAUCGUUCGGGACCCCCCGUGGCAUAAUGUCGGAGGCAACGCCCAGACAUUUGGCCUGGAACCGAACUACCCUUGUUGUACGGUCAACCACCCGCAGGGAUAUCCGAAGUUCAUAUCCAACAUGUUUGUCUGGCUGGACCAGGAAGGGAUUGCCCAUGCAUUACUGGGACCUGGCUCCGUCGAAACGACCACCAAGUCUGGCGCCAAGGUCAAGAUAACGUGUGAUACUUCGUAUCCGUUUGGGAAUGCCUUCUGGUACCGCAUCGAAAGCGACAAAGACUUCAAUUUCUAUGUCCGCGUGCCGAAGUGGGCAAACAAGGCUAAGUCAUGGACGUCCGUAGAUGGCAGCAUGCCGACCCCAUUAUUACCCGAUCCCGACAACAGCAUGCAAGAGAUAGCCAUGAUUGCCGGCAGACAUAUCUUGAGGUAUUCAUUGGACACAGACAUUCGGGUUGUGCCCCGUGCCAACAGCACCGUUUCCAUCUACCAUGGCUCGCUCCUCUACGCGGUUCCCCUUGAUCCCAAAGUGACCUACAAGCCAUCGAACUAUCCGAAAGCUCCCUCGCCUGCACGAGAGUACACAAUGACCCCGAGUAAGAAAUGGGGAUUGGCAAUCGAUCCGACAACGCUGCGCUUUGAGGCCAUGUCCAACCCCACGGAUCCGCUGCCCGAACCAGUAUGGGACGAACACAAGGCGGUCACGAGCAUAACAGCCACCGUGUGUGAGAUCAAAUGGGAGUUGACAGAGAGUCAUGGCCACGCGCCAAACCCUCCUUCAGCGUCUGAGAGACAGUGCAUUGGUAAGCCGUUUGAGGUGAAGCUGGUGCCCUACGGAGCGGCGAAGCUGCACAUGGCGGAACUGCCGAUCAUGCAGACGGGUUGGAAGAAGUGAGAAGUUUGUCUCGUUUGGCAUGGGGAGCUGCAGCAGUGCAUCCCUCUGCAGAAGCAUGUGUAUUGCGGGUGUCGUUGUACCAGACAGCAAUAGCAUAUACAUAGGUACU